AUGCACCUGGACACUCAUUGUGUAAUGCUCAGACAAUUUAGCUUCAGAUCUUCUCUUCUUCCCUUUUCGUCUCAUUUCUCACGAAGCUACCCGAAAUCAGCAGUCCCGAUCCACCUUCCAAUCGGAGCCACCAUGGCCACGGUUUCGACUCAGAACGAGUCGACUCAGCAAACCCAGAAACCCGUGCAGGUGGCGAAGCGAUUAGAGAAGUUCAAGACUACGAUUUUCACUCAAAUGAGCAUGUUGGCUGUUAAACACCGAGCGAUCAACCUAGGCCAAGGCUUUCCUAAUUUCGAUGGUCCUGAUUUUGUCAAAGAAGCUGCGAUUCAAGCCAUUAAAGACGGUAAAAACCAGUAUGCUCGUGGACACGGCGUUCCUGAAACCAAUGCUGCAAUCGCUGCGCGGUUUCGUGAAGAUACUGGUCUCGUUGUUGAUCCGGAGAAAGAAGUUACUGUUACGUCUGGCUGCACAGAAGCCAUAGCUGCAACUAUGUUGGGUUUAAUAAACCCUGGUGAUGAAGUUAUUCUCUUUGCCCCCUUUUAUGAUUCCUAUGAAGCGACGCUCUCUAUGGCUGGUGCUAAAGUAAAAGGAAUCACUUUACGCCCACCGGACUUCUCGAUCCCUUUGGAAGAACUCAAAGCUGCGGUAACUAGCAAGACCCGUGCCAUCCUCAUGAACACUCCACACAACCCAACGGGGAAAAUGUUCACAAGAGAGGAGCUCGAAACAAUUGCAUCUCUCUGUAUUGAAAACGAUGUGCUUGUGUUCUCAGAUGAGGUAUACGAUAAGCUUGCGUUUGAAAUGGAUCACGUUUCCAUAGCUUCUCUUCCCGGUAUGUACGAAAGAACAGUGACCAUGAAUUCUUUGGGAAAGACUUUCUCUUUAACCGGAUGGAAGAUCGGUUGGGCGAUUGCACCGCCUCAUCUGACUUGGGGAGUUCGACAAGCACAUUCUUACCUCACAUUCGCCACAUCAACACCGAUGCAAUAUGCAGCCAUUGCAGCACUCAAAGCACCAGAGUCUUACUUCAAGGAGCUGAAAAGAGAUUACAAUGCGAAAAAGGAGAUUCUCGUUAAGGGUUUGAAAGAAGUCGGGUUUAAUGUGUUCCCAUCAAGCGGUACUUACUUUGUGGUUGUGGAUCACACACCAUUUGGAUUGGAGAACGAUAUCGACUUCUGCGAGUAUCUCAUCAAAGAAGUUGGAGUAGUUGCAAUCCCCACGAGUGUCUUCUAUCUGAAUCCAGAAGAAGGGAAGAAUCUGGUUAGGUUUACUUUCUGUAAAGACGAAGAGACAUUGCGCGGCGCAGUUGAGAGGAUGAAGCAGAAGCUAAAGAAGAAAGUCUGA